GUUCGUAACGUAAAUUAAACUGAUAACAAACACUGUACUUAUCUCUGAAUCAUCACAGUUGCUAAUAAAAAGAGCGGCGCCGGCAUUUUUUAUUAAUACCAUAUCGACAUUUCACGUUACCUACCACAAAUCAAAAUGGCGUACAUUGGUAAAACUUACAAAUUCCAAAAAGACGAGAACUUCCGUGAAUUCUUGGCUCAUCUGGGUGUCCCAGCAGACAAAGUGGAAUACCUGCUUACGUCCAAGCCAUCACAGAAACUUGAAAAGGAUGGCGACAACUACACUUUGACUACAAUUGACGCUUCGACUAAAGAAAUGAAGUUCAAGGAAGGAGUUGAAUUCGACGAAUCCAUUACUCCGGAAAUUACCGCAAAGACGACAUUCACCGUUUCUGGUAAUGUAGUGACUCAAGUACAGAAAUUCGAAGAUGGCCGCAGUAUCACACUUAAAAGAGAAUACAGCGACGACCAACUUGUCGUGGAAAUAACAACAACUGGUUGGGACAGCACCGCCCGCAGAUAUUACGCAGCUGUUUAAAUGUAGAUUCACCGAAUUAUAGUUUUAUAUAAGUUUUAAAUAUUUA